AUUCGUAUACAGGCACACACACAAAGCAAGAUUACAAAGUUCAACUAUAAGCAGCAACAGCAUCCGCAUCGUAAAAGCCGCCGUAACUAAAGCAUCAAGAAAUUCCGUUUUAAUAAUACGUAUGUGAAUCAUGGCGUGGAUGGCCUUUGGAGCGCUCGCGUCUGGUUAUGUUAUUCAGCGCCUGCUGGGCGGCGAUCAUCCGCCAAAUAAAGUUUUGGAAAUAAAAAGCGAAUCUCUUGGCACUCUUCAAGUUUUACAUCGCGAUGAUGCCAUGGUAUUAUUUGCUCCGCCCUUCAAUAGCACUGACAAACGAGCCGUCUAUGAGAUUGUCUUACAACGACCCACCUCUGACGCGAAUACCACAUCCUUUAGCCUGUUCCGUUCGCCAGUGCAACAGGAUGCAGAGGAUAAGUUCGAUGCAUUUAUGCAGCGUCUACCCGUCUUUGUGACCAUAGUCAAGGAGUUCUAUAAUGUGAAUGGAAUACAGAAAGUCUGUGAUUGUCUUACCGAAAAUCCCUCGUGGACGCUUACCCAUCUGAUUGCCUACUUUAAUCUUGUCGAUUACAUCAGUAAUCCCAAAGUGUUGCAAUGCGUUGAUACAGCAGAUCCCACUACACUGAUGUCACCAUUUCAGUUGGCCAUUAAGCAGGGUCACAUCGAUAUGGUGAAGGUCUUAUUGCCGCUUAGCAAAUUAGAGCAUUUGGAUAUAAAUAGCAAUUCGGUAUUCCAUUAUGCCGCCAGUACAACCAAAGAGAUUGUUAAUCUACUAACCGAAAAGAGUACUGUCAACCUGAAUCAUCUCAAUUCGGAUGGCUAUACCCCAUUGCAUGUGGCAUGCGUUACGGAUAAGCCUGAUUGUGUCAAGGCAUUGCUUUUGGCCGGCGCCGAUGUCAAUCUGAAUGCCAAAAAUAUUAGCAAAUUGUAUAAGAACUCCGCCCCAACAUCAGUGGCCACAUUUUUGCGGACCAAUGCGAGUAAAUUGUAUACCCAGGACAUGAAAUACGGCGGCACACCUCUCCAUUGGUGUUCGUCGAGGGAGACAUUGCGUGCCCUUAUUGUCGAGGGUUGCGAUGUUAAUUCAACCAAUUUCGAUGGACGCACCGCAUUGCAUGUGAUGGUGGCCAGAAAUCGUUUCGAAUGUGUUGUCACCUUAUUGGCCCAUGAUGCCGAUAUUGAUGUACUGGACAAGGAGGGCAAUGCAGCUCUGCAUAUUGCCAUUGAAAAGAAAUUAGUGCCGAUUGUCCAAUGCCUCGUUGUAUUCGGUUGCGAUAUUAAUCUUAAGAACAAGGAUGGCAAGACGCCUCGUCAUAUGGUGGGCAAUGAUACGAGUGGCAAUAAAGAGGAUGAGAUUUUGUAUAUAUUACAUUCGGUGGGUGCCAAACGUUGCUCGGAUUCCAAUUCAAAAUGUCCACCUGGCUGCAAUGCCAAGGGCUCAUACAAUGGAAUACCCCCAGAGGCACCGGAGUCAGUGGAACAGCGGGAGCACAUCGAGAAUAUGCUUGCGAGCACCAGCCGUCAAGUGGUUAGCGGUUUCUUGGGAGCAGCAUCCAAUGGUCUAAUGGAAAAACCAGCAGUUCCACAAGUUCCAGUUGUGGUGGAUACAGAAAAGGAAUUGAAGGGCCAAAGCAUUAUGGAUGCCCUGUUGGGUAUGUUUACGACAAAGGUAAAUGCCGACGAGCUUAAGAAGGAGAACUCAUCGAGCAGUCUUGCCAGUGCUCUCCCAGCUACACCCACCUCGGCCACAGCCAGCCCGGAGCAAUUACCGUCGCCGACUUCACCAAUUGCCGCUGAGGUCGGUGACAAGCCCUAUGGCCGUGGACGCCUACUUUGUUUGGAUGGCGGUGGCAUUCGUGGCCUUGUGCUGGUUCAAAUGCUUCUCGAAAUUGAAAAAUUAUCGCGUACACCAAUUAUACAUAUGUUCGAUUGGAUAGCCGGCACCAGCACCGGUGGCAUCUUGGCCUUGGGAUUGGGCUGCGGCAAGACAAUGCGCCAAUGCAUGGGUCUCUAUUUGCGCAUGAAGGAGCAAUGCUUUGUUGGCUCACGUCCCUACAAUAGUGAAUAUUUCGAAGCCAUACUUAAGGACAAUCUGGGCGAAUUUAAUGUGAUGACAGAUAUCAAGCAUCCAAAGAUUAUGGUCACCGGUGUGAUGGCAGAUCGUAAGCCAGUGGAUCUCCAUCUCUUCCGCAACUACACGAGUGCCAGCGAUAUUCUCGGAAUAGUGACUUCCAUCAGUAAUCGUCGCAUCCCACCGCCGCCGCCACAAGAGCAAUUGGUGUGGCGUGCCGCACGUGCCACUGGUGCUGCUCCUUCAUAUUUCCGAGCCUUUGGCCGCUUUCUGGAUGGUGGUCUAAUUGCCAAUAAUCCUACAUUGGAUGCCAUGACUGAAAUUCAUGAGUAUAAUAUGGCCUUGCGCAGUGCUGGACGCGAAGCUGAGGCCAUUCCCGUAUCGGCAGUGGUUUCUUUAGGCACUGGUCACAUACCAGUGACUGAACUGAAGGAUAUCGAUGUUUUCCGACCGGAGAGUAUUUGGGAUACUGCCAAAUUGGCAUAUGGUAUAUCUACCAUUGGUAAUCUACUUGUGGACCAAGCCACCUGCUCCGAUGGCCGCGUUGUGGAUCGAGCUCGCGCCUGGUGCAGCACCAUUGGUAUACCCUACUUCCGUUUCAAUCCUCAACUUAGCGAAGACAUUGCCAUGGAUGAAAAGGAUGAUCAGAAACUGAUCAACAUGCUGUGGCAUACCAAGGCCUAUAUGCAUAGCAAUCGGAACAAGAUAAUCGAGAUGAUUAAUUUUUUAAAAUAGCGCGCAAGACGGAUUUAGACCGCAAUAAUUUUGUUUCUUUUGGGAUCGAUUGCAUGUCAAAGAUCUAACGAAUCUUUUUGUUUUGUUCUUUAUAUUCCAAGUAUCCUUCUUUUGGUAAUUCUUUAUUUGUGUGAAUUUAUAAAUGAAUUUCCAAACUGUGUCUUUUAAGCACCUUUCUGCGGUCUAAAUCAGCACACACACACACACACACCUACACCUACACCAAAUAAUUUUGAUCCUACCUAUAUAACUAGACAGACGCACCACCCACCUAAACUCAAGAGCAGACAUCUCGAUAAAACAACAAUUUCCAAAUUAUUUCAUUGGUCUCCUCCUAUUUUGUGUAUAUCUAGUUAACAAUGGUGGAUGGAUGUACGAGAGACUCCUCCAAAUCAAAAGCGCUUUUUAUAUUGUAUUAUUGGUAUAUAAGUUAUCCACCUAAAUAUGUAACACCUGUAUUAUUAUAAUAUUGUUUAAAUUUAUUCAUAUGCAUUCUGUAUACAUACAUCCCCGUAUAUAUAUGUACACAUAUGUGUUUUCUCCCUCCAAUUGAAUUGUGAAUUAUAAAAAGAAAAAAAUGCAUGUGGUAAACAUUCCGUGCCGCUUGUGUACUAGGUAAUUAGCUAAAAAUUUGGCACGAAUUUUUAAAUAACAAAUAUAAAUAAAAAGCAUUUCAAUGUUAAA